CCGUCUCUGUGGUUUGUAAGGUAGGUUGCAGUGUGUGUAUAUACACAACAUCAAGAGCAGGAAAAUGGACUCAUUAGGGAGGCAGGCAGUCAUUACCACUCACACUGUACUUCCAGGGAGACAGCGACUAUGAGGAGACAAACUGAGGACUGGGGAACAAGUGAUAUCCACAGCGGGAAAGUGUGACUGGCUGGGAUGGCUAGUGGUGUUGCCUGCUUCAGUGAAAUGAAAGAAGUCACCAAAGGAACACAAAGGCUCCUAUGUGUGAGCAGCAUAAAAGAGAAGUGUUAGGAGCUGCUCUUAACCCUUUGGAGUCGGAAGAGAAAAGGGAACUAGAGGGCUUGACUUCUCCUUUACUUCCUGCAUUUACCCUGACCACAGUCCCUCCCUGUUCUCACAAGUGGAGCUCAGCCCUGCUUCCCUUCCUGUUGAUUCCCAGUCAGCUACAUGACUGCCUGAAGUUAAAUUUUAGAUGCUGAAAUCACUGCACCUUAAAAACAAAAAGAUUAAGCUGCACUGCAUUCCUCAGUGGCUGGCACUUUUCCUCUACGUUGCAAGAGGGAGAGAAUUGGCUGGAAUUGCUUUCCAUAUAGCCGACUUGAAAUGCAGCAUUGAAAAGGUCCUUGACGAUCAGUUUGUGCUCUUCUCCUGAAGGAACCUUUUCUGUGUCUCAUAUGAGGAAACUGAGGCACAGCGAGUUUUGAGUGACUUGUCUAAAUUCACACAGCAAAUCGUUGGCAGAGCCGGGAAGAUAACUUGGGAAUCCUGGAUCACAGGCCCAUGCUCUAACCACUAGGCCACGCUGCCUCUCCAAAUUACAGACACAGCCUCUCUCUGUCCCCUGCCCCAAUGAAUGUCUGCACUAGGGCCAAGGCUUGGAGUGAUUUACCUGAAGAGUGACACCAUUUGGAAACCACUGAAGAAACCCAAGACAGCUGAAAACCAGAAGGCGUCUGAGGAGAAUGAGAUUACUCAGACGGGUGCAUGCAGCGCCAAGCCAGGCCUUCCCUGCCUGAACCUUGAAGCUGUUCCACCUCUGAGCCCAGCCCUCACCCACUCAUCACAGUCACCAACAAACCUGCCCGCACACACAGGGUCAUCUGAUUGUAACAUCAGUUGCAAGGGGAUGACAGAGCGCAUUCACAGCAUCAACCUUCACAACUUCAGCAAUUCUGUGCUCGAGACCCUCAACGAGCAGCGCAACCGUGGCCACUUCUGUGACGUGACGGUCCGCAUCCACGGGAGCAUGCUACGCGCCCACCGCUGCGUGCUGGCGGCUGGCAGCCCCUUCUUCCAGGACAAGCUGCUGCUGGGGUACAGCGACAUCGAGAUCCCCUCAGUGGUGUCAGUCCAGUCCGUGCAAAAGCUCAUUGACUUCAUGUACAGUGGGGUGCUGCGGGUCUCACAGUCAGAGGCCCUGCAGAUCCUCACAGCUGCCAGCAUCCUGCAGAUCAAGACUGUGAUUGACGAAUGCACAAGGAUCGUCUCGCAGAAUGUGGGGGAGGUCUACCCAGUGAUUCAGGACUCUGGGCAGGAGACGCCCAGGGGGACCCCCGAAUCGGGCACCUCAGGGCAGAGCAGCGACACAGAGUCUGGCUACCUGCAGAGCCACUCGCAGCACAGCGUGGACAGGAUCUACUCGGCUCUCUAUGCCUGUUCCAUGCAGAAUGGCAGUGGGGAGCGCUCCUUCUACAGCGGAGCAGUGGUCAGCCACCAUGAAACAGCCCUGGGGCUCCCCAGAGACCAUCACAUGGAAGACCCCAGCUGGAUUACACGGAUCCACGAGCGCUCACAGCAGAUGGAGCGGUACCUCUCCACCACUCCAGAGACCACACACUGCCGCAAGCAACCACGCCCGGUCCGGAUCCAGACCCUGGUGGGCAACAUCCACAUCAAACAGGAGAUGGAGGAUGACUAUGACUACUAUGGCCAGCAGAGGGUGCAGAUCCUGGAGCGUAAUGAGUCUGAGGAAUGCACUGAGGACACUGACCAAGCAGAAGGCACUGAGAGUGAGCCCAAGGGGGAGAGUUUUGACUCUGGAGUCAGUUCCUCCAUUGGGACUGAGCCUGAUUCCAUGGAGCAGCAGUUCAUGGCUAACCUGGGCCGAGAGGGUCAACAGGAACCUUCCCAAGCAGAGCAAAAUGAAGUCCCUGCUGAAGGCACACAGACCCAGCCGCAACACCUAGAUGCCAACACUUCCUCGCCAGACAGAAGCAAUGACAUUGAAAUGGACAGCAAAGUGCUCACUGUCAGUAACAACAGCGAAAAGGGGGCCUUGCAGCCUUCUGUCAACACAACAGUUGCCCAACCAUUGCCAAGCACCCAACUCUACUUACGCCAGACAGAAACCCUCACCAGCAAUCUGAGAAUGCCGCUGACCCUGACCAGCAACACACAGGUCAUUGGCACAGCUGGCAACACCUACCUGCCCGCCCUCUUUACCACACAGUCUGCUGGCAGUGGACCUAAACCUUUCCUUUUCAGCCUGCCCCAGCCCUUAGCUGGCCAACAGACACAGUUUGUGACAGUGACCCAGCCUGGCCUGUCAACCUUUACUGCCCAGCUGCCAGCCCCACAGCCCUUGGCCCCAUCUGCGGGCCACAGCACAGCAGGUGGACAGGGUGAAAAAAAGCCUUACGAGUGCACUCUCUGCAACAAGACUUUCACCGCCAAACAGAACUAUGUCAAGCACAUGUUUGUACACACAGGUGAGAAGCCCCACCAGUGCAGCAUCUGUUGGCGCUCCUUCUCCUUAAAGGAUUACCUAAUCAAACACAUGGUGACGCACACCGGCGUGAGGGCCUACCAGUGCAGCAUCUGCAACAAGCGCUUCACCCAGAAGAGCUCCCUCAACGUGCACAUGCGCCUCCACCGUGGGGAGAAGUCCUACGAGUGCUACAUCUGCAAGAAGAAGUUCUCCCACAAGACCCUUCUGGAGAGGCAUGUGGCUCUGCACAGUGCCACUAAUGGCACGACCGGCGCAGCAGGCACCGGCAACAGGGCUGUCCCUGCCGGGGUGGUGGCCUGCACGGAGGGGACCACGUACGUCUGCUCUGUCUGUCCAGCUAAGUUUGACCAAAUCGAGCAUUUCAACGACCACAUGAGGAUGCAUGUGUCAGACGGAUAAGUAGAAUCUCUGUC